GCUGCACGUGAUGAUUCAGAAGAACUUGAUCUCAACUUAGGGCAUCGCUUUCUCGAUUCUCUUCCAAAUGAUAUUCAUGUCUUGAACAACGUGCCCGAUGUCUUGAAAAUCACGCGUUUAAACCUGGCUGGAAACAUUAUUUCUGUUCUUCCUGAUUCUAUAGGGAACUUUGUUAAUCUCAAAGAAAUCGAUAUAUCGGGAAAUGGCCUGGCCUACAUCACGCCUCGAGUUGGAGAACUUCGCCAGCUCAAGACCUUUAUGGCACGGAAUAACAAUUUGGAUGAGUUGCCUAAAGAAUUUGCUCAACUUUUAGCUUUGGAAAAUCUCAAUUUAAGUGGCAACAGGUUUGAAUCAUUCAUGCCUCAACUUUUUGAGCUGGUUUCCCUGAGAACACUGUACUUCGGAGGCAAUAGGAUCGAUGUAAUUCCGCCGGAUAUUCAAAAUCUUCAAAGGUAGGUUUUGUUUCAAUGAACUACUAAAACAUUGCUGUUGUGGUCAUCACUAAGCUUUUAUAUAAGCUUACGAGUGGCCAGUUAUAAAUUAGUGUAAAGCGAUUAUCGGUCAGAAAACCGCUUACAGAACUUUAGAACGAACGUCAUUUUUUACUUUUUGUCUGAGAUGAUUAUAGUUUUAUACGUGCAGUUGAAGUUAAAUGAAUUUGAUAAGGCUCGCGGGCUGGUCAGAUGUUAUCAUUAUUUUCACGUCUGAUUACAUAUGUAAAUAACUUUGGUCGACUGCUAACUUUGGCAUCCAGUUAGACUCAUUGGCGUAAAUUAAAUAAAUCGUCAAGAAUGACACUUUUCCUUUCAUAUUGCCAGGAUAUUCUGUGUUGGAAGAUGAAUAAAAUUUCCUGAAAAUGGACUGUUAGUUUUGUAGGGUAGAUAGAGACUUGAUAUUCGACCCAAACAGGAAAAAAUCUAGCCCGUGACGGGGAUAAUAAUAAUAAUAAUAACAUGUUUAAACAGGAUGACCAUUUCAGUUAUAAAAACUGCUAUCAAUAUGGGUCCUGUAUAAAAAUAAAUGAAUAAAUAGAUAAAAACUUAGUUAUAUACGAAACUAGGAUACAUUACAUAAUUAUAAUCAAUAGAAAAGGUAGCCACCUUAUAAACAAAAUUACAUACAAACAUUAAAAAGGGUAACCCCCGUAUAAAAAAAGGCCCUCUUAGUCAACUCGAAAUUGACUUUAUCGAUAGAUAACCUAUCCUUAGACCUAAUGUCAUAGUCAUGAAUAUCAUAAGUUCGCCAUUGAAAAUAAUCUGAGAAAUACCUUGGAGCUUGUCCAUCAAGACAAUUCUUGACAAGUUCGACGAUAUGUUUCUCUCUUCUCGUCUUAAAAGGGUCCCAACCAAGACCGGAAGCCAUAUCUUGAGUGGACAAAUGUACCGUCUUUAACACUAUCCUAGCAGCACGUCUUUCUAGGCGUUCCAAUUCUUCUUCAUUUCCUUUACCACAGCCAUGGAAAAACAGCACAACAGUAUUCCAAAUUUGGUAGUAUCAUCAAUUUAUACAAUCGGUUCGAUACUUCAGUUGUUAAUGAUGAUCUAAUUCUUGAGAACAUCCCCAGUGUUUUAGAAACCUUUUUCUUCACAUAGUCAGUAUGCAAAUUAAAGGAAAGACUGUUGUCCAAAACUACGCCUAGGUACUUAAAGGUAUCACAGUGUUUCACAGAUUCUCCUCCCAACAUUAUAUGAGCCCCAUCAAUGUCUUGGCGACAUAGUCUCUGGUGGGUGCCAAAAAUCAUGAACUCAGUUUUCUUUAAAUUCAGAAUAAGUUUAUUUGUAGACAGCCACUCAGACAGGUUAAUCAGUUCCAAAUUCAACUGUAACUCAAUUUCCGAUAUUGGUGGGUCUGAGAAAAUGAUAUCUGUGUCAUCAGCAUACAUCAUAACUUCACAGACAUCAACACAGGAAGGAUGAUAAAGAUAAUAAUAUAAUAACAUUAUUCAAGGCUUUUGUGUAGAAGUGGCUUUUAGUAGAACUGUUAUUGUGAAAUUUAAUAGUAAUGAAAUUUUAUGGUGUGGGAGAGAAUUGUCACACCACAAGCACCGAGUAUUGAUAUGCAUUGUUACAUACAUCUCCAGGUUAGAAAUUCUCUACCUUGGUGGAAACCAGUUGACAUCUGUUCCAGUCGAGCUUGGCAACCUGCGCAGACUGCGUGCCCUCAAUCUUUGUGACAACAAUAUCGAAUCUUUACCCUCGACACUUGUCAAACUGACACAUUUACAGUCCUUGAGUCUUCACAACAACAGACUCACCAUCCUGCCCGUUGCACUCAUAAAGCUGCGGAACCUGGAAGAAUUAAGCUUGCGGGAAAAUCCUCUUGUUGUGCGUUUUGUCAGAGACAUGACUUUUAACCCUCCAUCAUUAUUAGAACUAAGUGGCCGAUGCAUCAAGAACAGUGGAGUGAAGUAUACUUCACAAGAUCUGCCAGUGCAUUUACUGAAGUAUCUUAACAGUGCUCGACGCUGCGUGAACCCAUGCUGCAAGGGUGUAUAUUUUGAUGCUCGUGUGAGGCACAUCAAAUUUGUGGAUUUUUGCGGCAAGUAUCGAUUGCCUCUUGAACAGUUUCUUUGUUCACCUCAUGCUGGUGAAAAAUGGGAAGAUUGCUCCUCUAGCAGUAGUGAAGACGAGGGCGUUAGUCCUGUACCACGUGAAAGACUGAGAAAGGUCCUUCUAGGGUAA